AUGCCGUCGUGUGCUAUUGCCAACGAUUUAGCGGACUUUUCACCGCUUGAGUACAUGCAGCGUGCCGUCAAGAACUCGGACUGCCGGACACCCAUCAUUUUCGUACAGCAAGAUGGUGACCCCUUCCAGUCCGUAUGCUACCUGGCCAAGCAGUGCGACUCCGCCGUCUGGAGCUUUGACGUCGCUCAGCUGCAGAGCGCGCAGAACAUUAUGGACUACAUCGACGUGGGUAUCAACAAUGGCGACUGGGUGUACGUGACCAAUUGCGACCUUGUCGAUGAGUCGUACUUCCGCGAUGUCGCGCGCACCCUGUACCAGAUUCUUCCCGAGCCACACCGCUACCCUCGCCGUGAGGUUUUCCGCUGCUUUUUUGGCGUCACCGUCCCCUUUGACCUGAACGCACCAGUGGGUCUGCCCUUUCCCCUAUUGUUCAUGCACACCGCCCUGGUGUCACGCCCCACUGCCGCGCCAGGCUCGAAGUGGUCGCGUAUUAUGCCGGCUGACAAGCCCCUCUUUUCCGUUGCGGCACUGAAGCACCAGCAGCGUCGCGAGGCUGGCCGUGAAAGUGACAGUGAGAGCGAUCUGGAUGAGACAGACCGCAUUUCCGGGGUUAUUUUCCUCCGCGCCGCGGAACGGAAUCGCGACAUUGGUCAGUCCGUCGUAACGCUAGCCAAGCACCAGAUGGUGCAAGCCAUCGACGAGCAGGAUGACGGUCUCAUCCGACGCCUUGUGUCCUCCGGCGAGGUCGACCUCUCACGAAAGCUGAAGGACGGCAUGACGCCGUUCCAGUAUGCUUGCUGCAAGGAACUGACGGAGUCUGUGCGCACCUUGCUGUUGGUGGGCGCUGACCCCAAUGCUCCGCGCGAGGCUGAUGGUCGCCCUCCCCUAUUCAUGGCGAUCGACGACAUGGAACUCGCAAAAGUUCUCGUCGAGGGCGGGGCAAACCUCUUCUCCAAAUUUGAAGGCUACCGCGCUGACACACACCCUGACACCGCCCCUGAUGUGGCGGCCUACUUGGCGGAGGAACGCAAGUACAUGUAA